AUGACAACAGAUGGUGCUCUGGAUGAGCAGUCCUAUCUCAUGGCCAUGAAGGAGGAGAUUGAGUCAGCUCUGGAUGCGGCACCAGGAGGCAACAACGAUAUCAACACUCCCGGUGACAAGCUGUCCCCACCAGCCCUGCAAGACUGUGAUAUCGCUAUCUCCAAAACCAAGCCUCAAACCGCUGCCGUGGGUAUAGAUUUGCUGAUGCGUAACAGUGCCCAGGACAUCCACCCAGACCCGGUCUCGAACAGCAAAGGUUUUGAGGACAGGAUAUCGGGGAGGACGGAUGAUUGCGCGGGAGGCAUCCAUUCGAACGCCUCCUCGUCGUCUUCAGCGCCCCCUUCGGAGGCCUCUACCUCGGUGUCUGCAUGGGUAGGCCAAGAGGACUCGACUGGAAGCAGCACAAGUAGCAGCCGGCAAGGUGGGGAGGAUCACGGGUCAAGUAAUGUGACAGCUUCGACCACGUCUAUCGGCGCAAGUACUACGUCUUCGCAGGCCGCUGAACGCCGACGCGCCCGGGCCCGGAAAAUGGGCCUCUUACAAAACCGGGGAGAGAUGCUCCUGUCGUCCUCCCAACGACACCUCCAGGAACACCCGUACCAGAUUAAAGAGGACGAUGGGGACAGGGAGGGGCUGGCGGGCCUCGCGUGCGACAGCCCACCAGGGAGCUGCUCCAGCUCCGUGACGGGAAUGGUCACCUCACGAAUGAGACGCGACGCGGAAGACAUGGCCGCAGCCGUGGCUCUGACCAAGAAGCAGCUUCGGAUGAUAAGAAACCGGGAGUCGGCUGCCUUGUCACGCAAACGGAAGCGGGACCAAGUGGAGGCAUUGGAGCUGGAGGUGGAGGCCCUUAAAGAUAAAAACCGACAAUUAAAGCAACGGCUGGCGCGGUAUGAGGGCGUGGACACCUUGGAGUCGGCCAGGGACGCGGGCGGGGACAUUGUCCGAGGAACGGGGGCCACGCCCGCCGGCUUGACUUGGCAACAACAGCAAGAGCAGCGGAUAAUGGAGGCGCAGCAACAAGCAGGCGCGGCGGACUCGCAGGAUCCAAACCCAUUUUUGGAAGAAUCUGACCUUGACGGGUUCUAUCAGCCGCUGGCGGGCAUGCUGGGCUUCGACCCCUCCAGUCUUAAUAUUUCCCUUCCUUCUUCCCUCCCCCCCUCCGCGCGCCAGUCACGGCCAACACCCUCCUCUGGGGCCCCACCCCAGACUGAAGCCGGAAGAAUCGGAGGUUCGAAGGGGCCUGGAGACCAGUCUGGGGGUCGAAAGGGCCCUGUCACGGCGGAAUCCCCGACACCCACCUACGCGCGUCUCAGCGCGUCGGAAAUAGGCUUUGCACAACGGCCGCAGUUAUCCAUGGUGUCCUCUCCCGCUCAAUCGCAGGAGCCAGAGCAACGUCUGCGGGGACAGCAGCUGCAGCAACAACAUCAAUUGGCCUUGGAACAACAGCGACAACAGCAGCAGCAAGUACAAAAAACAUCGAUCUGGGAGCCCGCGGCUCUGAUGCCAUUGAUGGAUUCCACCUCCGAUUUCUACUUCGGCGAAGGGGUGGAGGGGGUGAAAUUCGGGUCGGAACAGGGCGUCCAAGGCGCAUCCGCACCGGGGUUGGUCUCGAAAGAGCAAAACAAGGAUCCGGUGGAAGAGGAAGCGGAGUAUUCACGGCUUCCUGAGCAGGGGAUGGAUGCCUCUGACCCCGGCUUUGCCCGGGGGCGGGGACAACGGAAGAGCCCCCCCGACCAGAUCGCCACGGGCCCCGCCUCCACUUCUUCUUUGGAAGGGGACCGACGUCCUCGUCAGUGCACGUCCAAGACUGAUCGAAAGCGGGGGCGGGCCACAGCAACGGCAGGCAGGGACGGAAAUGCGGAUGGAGGAGCCAGGCAAGCUAGCAGGACCCGCCCUGGAAGCAGCGAGGUAGAGCAUUUGGACAGCGAAGUGUGGGAGUUCCCGGAGUACGCCCCGGUGGAGACAGGGGGCAGCUUGAGCCUGGGGCGAGGGGGGGAAGGAGGGAGAGGGGAAGGGGGAUCCUUGAUCUCCAUGCGGCUGGGCAUGGUGAGGCCAGGGGCGGGGGGCGCUGCGUACCCCCAAGAACUCCCGUUGGAGAAAGACGGUACGGAGGCAGGGGCACUGGAAAGAGGCCCCGAGGAAGGGGCCGGUGUAAGGCGGAGGGGGGAGAAUCUGCGGGUGUGGGAAAGGGAAGGUGGAGGGAGGGAGGAGGGAGCAGAGGGGGCCUCCCUGGGCCCGUCCUGGUCGACCCAAUCCCCAUGGUAA